CAAACUUAAUACCAGAGUGCUUCAGACAUUGUCAAGUCCUGUAUUCCCAGAAAUAGUUUUAAAAAAUGGAAUAAAGUUAAACGUCACAAACUUUCACGAUGUGUCCUCGUCUAUUGGAAGGUGAUAUAACUACAACAAAAACAUGUUCAUUUAGAUCUAUACAUUUUUGUUGUUAACCCUGUAGAUUUGUUUACCAAACAGAUUGUGCAUACAAGAAGUUAACUCUCUUCUUCUGCUAAGAUAAAUCUGAACCACUUCAACUGGGAAAGUGAACUGCUCACAAUGGACGAGGAACCUAAGCCUGCUGAAGAGGGAGAAGGCUCGAGUCAUUUGCUUCAGGAUCCCAAAGACACUGUAGAAGAACUGCUAACUCUUCAAGAACCUUGUUUUGAAAUCAUUGAAAUCGCUAAGGAGAACUGCCCUGUCAAGAAAGGGAAAGUCUGUUUUUUGGGACCUUUGUCAAGCUAUCUGGAUGUGAAAAGAAUAAAGAAUCAACCAAAAGAAAAGAAAGAAACGUGCAUCACUGGCCAAAGUGGAGAGCUGAAGUCGAUCCUGAAACGUAAAGUGCGACCAUCACUGCCCAGCAUCGCCACUUUCCAUCUUCACAGUCUAGCCGAUGAAACGGUGCAACAUGAUGCCACUACAACAGUGGUGAAUGAAGUCGGCCAACUUGAUUAUAAAUGUGUUACCACGCAUCCCAGUUGUUAUGAGAUUACACAUAGAAAGAACUCCGCCAGAAAAACUGUUUCAAUGCAGUCUGGUUUUCACUCGGCCAACAGGGUAGUCUGGAUCUCGACGUGCCCUGAAGACUUGAACAAUGUUCCUGCACAUUCUCUUCUGAUUCGAUGGAAGCUCUCCUUCACCGUGCCCUGUUACACAAUAGAAAGUGUUUACACUGUACUCACGAGGUAUGGGGACAUCACGUGUCUUGUCCAUCUCUCGCCCAACUCAGCUUUAGUGGUCUUCAAAGACGAACUGUCUGCAAGGACUGUUGCAUCUGCUGGAUUUAUUGGAUUUAAACAAUGUCCUUUGAUGUGCUCUUGGUUUUUCAAGAAAAUGUAUAAAGACAGGUUUGCUCCAAUCAAGCGACGAAAGAAGUUCUAUCGGCCCACAGCGGACGAAAUUUUUGUAAGUCAUAUCCGACAACAGCAGAAAAUUAUCACCACCUGCUUCCGGCUUCAUGCCCCGAACAUGUUUUACGAUCACACAACUUACAUACCAUAAGCGCAAGGAGCAUGAACAUUCGAUACCAACAGCUCUGUAGCAGGAAGUCGAUGAACAAAAGAACAUUGGAUCAAAAACAAUAGGCAUAUAAAUAUAAGUUUUCAGUACC